GACCUAAAACUCAUGGAAACUCAUUGGCUACGUUUUUUGGGGGGGUAAAACUAAAGAAAUAUGAAAACAAUAAUAAUGAUAAUUUACCUUGACAUCUCUCAUACAAGUUACUGUACACUCUAAUUUGCAUAUUCUGGAACACCAGCCAGUUCAUAUCAUCAAAGCACAUUCCGGGUUCUGUUUGCUAGAACACGUGCCUUUGAUCGCUGAGAGAGCUCACACACGCACACACGUGUUGGAUCCACAUUCACUUGUUACUGGAAGUUAUCAGAUUUCUGUAAUAUCAUCAUGGCAAAUAACAACUCUGAACCCCUGAGCGACACUAAGAAGGAAUCGCUCAAGAAGAACUUGAAGAGAAAAGUCAGAGAAGGUGAAGAUGGACUCUCAAAGACAAAGAGGAGAAGACUGAACUACAACCAGGCUGAGAAGGAAUCAGGAUCGGCCUCGUCUGCGGACACUGGCAAUGGGAGCAGCAGCACACAGUCCAGUAGGUGCGGUACAACAGUGGAGGAUGUGAGCAAGAGGACUGGAAAGAGGAAGGCUGCCGCUGAUGAAGAAGAACCCUGCGCAAAGAGAAGGAAGGGCCGACCAACCAUGACGGAUUUGAUAGAUUCCCGAAGAGCUGAAUUUGAGGCCAAAUACCAGCAGGAGAAUCAUCUCGGUGAAGGAGGCUGUGGAUGUGUGUUUGCUGGCUACCGCAAAGCAGAUCAUUUACCUGUUGCCAUCAAACACAUAGCAAAAGACAAAGUGUUGUGCAAAGAGAGACGAAAUGGGAAAGAACUCUCAGCUGAGGUGGCUGUGAUGUUAAAACUCCAAGCUGGAAGAACUGGAUUAAUGGAGGAAUCAGCACCCGUGUCACUCCUGGACUGGUAUGAUCUGGACCAGGAGCUGAUCCUGGUGCUGGAAAGACCAAUGCCAUGUAUGGACCUUUUAAAUUACAUCAGGACAAACAGAGGCCACUUACAGGAGGACAAGGCAAAGAUCAUACUUAAACAGUUGGUUGAUGCAGCAAAUGAACUCGAGGAUAAGCGCAUCUUUCAUCGGGAUAUCAAACCGGAAAACAUCCUGAUUGAGACCAGCUCAGAUGUGCCGCGUGUUCGUGUCAUUGACUUUGGACUGAGCUGUUUCUUCAAGAAAACAUCAGUUUACCGUGUCUUCUGUGGUAAGCCAUCUGGCUUUUUCUUCUGCCUCUCACUAAUUUACCUGCCUGUGACUUUAAUGUUUAAAGAAAGACGCUUUUCAUCCUCAAUUAUUAUCACUUGUGUGUAUUAUUGCCAGGAUUUCUUACAGAAGUGUUUAAACACAUCCUACAUGCUGCGACCUACCCUGAAGGAGCUCCAGCUUCACCCAUGGCUCAGAUAA